GAUGCGGAUUCCGGGGCCCGUGCUGCUCCGCUGCCCCUGGGAACUCACGUCCCCGAAGCCUGGCAGUGCCGCGGGCGCGGGCCGCCGUGUAGUGACCAACUUCCUGGUGUGAGGGGUUUGCCAGCCACUGUCGCUGAGUGAUUGCGCCAGCGAGAGCCGAAAAACCUCCUUAGCACCCCUCAGAGUUCGGCUGUACCUGCCGAGACGUCAAAGCUCUGCGGAGGUAGGAGUUGAGUUUGGCGGGCUGAGAAGUAACCAGAUCCUUGAUCUGAGCCCAAACACCCUUCCUAACCUCUUCGCCUUGGGGGUAAAAAGGCCUCCGUUAUAAAAGCGGAACUUUCCCCUCACCUCUCAGGAUCUCAUGGAGCCCAGAGGGACCAAGAGAGGAGCUGGGAAGGUAGAAGUAGCUGAACCUCGGAACAAACUCCCCCACCCAGCCCCUUCACUACCCACAGACCCUGCCCUCUACUCUGGGCCCUUUCCUUUUUACCGGCGCCCUUCCCAAAUGGGCUGCUUCUCCCUGGAUGCCCAACGCCAGUACCAUGGAGAUGCCCAAGCCUUACGCUACUACAGCCCACCCCCCACCAAUGGUCAGUGCCCCAACUUUGACCUCAGAGAUGGAUACCCUGAUCGAUACCAGCCCCGGGACGAGGAGGUCCGAGAAGGCCUGGACCACCUGCUACGCUGGCUCCUGGAGCACCGAGGCCGGCUGGAAGGGGAUCCAAGCUGGCUGGCAGGGGCCAUAGUGACAUGGCGGGGGCACCUGACAAAACUGCUGACAACACCAUAUGAGCGGCAGGAAGGGUGGCAGCUGGCGGCCUCCAGGUUCCAGGGGACACUGUACCUGAGUGAGGUAGAGACACCAGCUGCUCGAGCCCAGAGGCUUGCCCGGCCACCCCUCCUUCGGGAACUUAUGUACAUGGGGUACAAGUUUGAGCAGUACAUGUGUGCAGACAAACCUGGAGGCUCCCCGGACCCAUCUGGGGAGGUUAAUACCAACGUGGCAUUCUGCUCUGUGCUACGCAGCCGCUUGGGAAACCACCCUCUGCUCUUCUCAGGGGAGGUAGACUGCACAGACCCACAGGCCCCGUCCCCACAGCCCCCCACCUGCUAUGUGGAACUCAAGACCUCCAAGGAGAUGCACAGCCCUGGCCAAUGGAGGAGUUUCUACAGACACAAGCUUCUGAAAUGGUGGGCUCAGUCAUUCCUCCUGGGGGUCCCAAAUGUUGUUGCUGGCUUCCGUAACCCAGAGGGUUUCGUCUGUUCCCUCAAGACCUUUCCCACCAUGCAGAUGUUCGAACACGUCAGGAAUGACCGUGACGGCUGGAAUCCCUCUGUGUGCAUGAACUUCUGUGCUGCCUUCCUUAGCUUUGCCCAGAACACAGUUAUCCAGGAUGACCCCAGGCUCGUCCACCUCUUCUCCUGGGAGCCUGGUGGCCCAGUCACAGUGUCUGUACAUCGAGAUGUACCCCAUGCCUUCCUGCCCACAUGGUAUGUGGAAGCCAUGACUCAGGACUUACCAUCAACCCCCAAGACACCAUCCCCUAAAGACUGAUACUUAAGGGCGGGAGCUGGUUCUGUCUCUGUGGAGUUAAAGACAUAUCUCCAGGUGCUUC